CUUUCCUCUUCUUCUUCAUCUAAUCACUCUCCUCUCCUCUCUUCCUCUUCGGCGAGUUUCUUCAUCUCUCUCCCCUUUUCCUCUCCGGCGACGCCUUUCCACCGGCGAGUUUUUUCUCCGGCGAACCUCCAAGAAAUCUGAAAGAUGAAUUCAUCACAAGGAGAACCAUCUACCCAAAAAGAAAAAAAAAUUAAAGCUACGUGGGAUGCAACGUUGCUUAAAAUUUUUUGCGAAAUAUGUGUUGAAGAGGUCAAUGCCGGGAACCGACCUAAUACUCAUUUGAAUAGAAUUGGAUGACAAAAUGUGGUUAAUAAAUUUAGAGAGAAAGCAAAUAGAGCUUAUGACAAAAUACAAUUGAAAAAUAAAUGGGAUUCUCUUAGAAGGGAUUGGGUUAUAUGGAUGCAAUUAGUCGGUAAAGAGACAGGAUUAGGAUGGAAUCAUGCAAGGGGUACCAUUGAUGCCAGUCUUGAAUGGUGGGAGGAGAAAUUAAAGGUACUACCUGAAGCUGCAAAGUUUCGUGACACGGGGUUGGAGAAUGCUGCACUACUACAAGUUAUGUUUUCGAAAACCGUUGCUUUAUGUGACACGGCAUGGACACCGGCUUUAGGGACAAUGCCUCCCGAUCCAUUUCGUUCACGUGAUUUAGAGGAAGGUAGUGGAGACUCAGGUGACGACAUCAAUGUGGCAGCUAUAAAUCUUGAACCCGGUGAUUCUGAGGUUACUCCUUUAAGUGAUAAAGGAAAAAAAAGAGUAAGAGAUAGUUAGGAAAAAAAAAAAAACAAGAAAGAUAGAAUUGGAUCAGCUGCUUAUAUGCAACAACAAUUAUCACGUAUAUGCGAUGCAGUCGAGAGCUUUAAUUCUCAAAGUAGCCGUUCAGUCACAUCUAGGAGCUCGACCUAUAGUUUAAGAUUGUAUGGCUUUGUUGAUGACGAUGAAUGAAAUUACACGAAUGAGUGCACUUUAUAUGUUUGCCAUUCGCUUAUUUAAAAAAUCGAUUAAUCGAGAGGUAUUCAUAGACUUGAAGGAACCGGAAGUGCGACUCGCGUGGCUAAAGGAUGAAUUUGAAGAAUAUACGGCGACAAAGAAACCAGCAACUUAGGAUGUUUUUCAUUAGUAUUCUGUUGUUGUACUAGUAAUAUUGUUUUAACAUUAAUGUGUGUUAUUGUGUGUUUGUUGUGCUCUAAUAUGCAACAUUGUUAGUAAUUUUAUGUUGUUGUGUGUUUGUUAUGCUUUUUAAUAGAAUGUUGUAUGCUACUGUAUUAAUAAUAUUAUGCUUUCUAAUA